CUAGUGCGCUCUCUGAACAGCCAAUCAAAAGAUGUGAAAAUGCCGAGGUUAUUGUACGCCUGCUAGAGGGCCCCGGUGUCAUUUACUCAAAAUCUGACUGGUUAAAAACGACAAGGACUUUACACUAAAAAGAGCCCACAGGUGAAAGGUGUGUAGGUGGAGGUGUAAAUAAAAUGUCAUGUAAUAAAAAAUUAUUUAAAACAAUAUAUAAAACAGUAUAAAAACAACCUGAGGCUUUAAAAUAGUGGGGAAUAAAUAACAGGAAACCCCCUAUAAAGGGUGUAAUGUUUUCUUCUAACCGCUAGAGGUCGCACUUAUCUUUGAUAUGAUCUAAAAGCGCUGUUUCAAAUCCAACAUUAUUCACAAUACAGAUUUUUUUAAUGAAGACGCUCUGAAAGCUGAGCUGUAGUUAAAAGUUUGUUCUGAACUCAUUAAAGCUGUUUUUAUUUCCCACAAAAACACUCGUGGGUAGUUUAAGGGACCUAAAAAGACGUAGGGAAUAGAAUGUGAUUUAGGACACAGCCGCUUGACAGCUCGUUGGGUCCUUCCGCCGUCGGUUUCCGUUCGUGGCGCACGCGCGUGGCUCGGCUAAUACGAUACAGGGUUUUUUCGUGUCUGUAAACAUUAAAAUAAAAUAAUAUACAUUUAUAAAUAAUAUCUAUAAUAUUAUAAGCUUUUAUAUUAUAUAUAUGAGCCAUGUUUUGAUGGGGAGCUGAGUUUUAGCUAAGUCAGUUAGCAUGGGCGGUUGUUGAUACUCCGCGGUGUGUGUGUGUGUGUGUGUGUGUGAUGGCGCUCGUGCCGUACGAUGAAAACGUCCUACCCUCUCUGGCCAAACUCCAUUCGGCUUCCGCGGACUUCCGGUUCGCCGAGCGACGCAUCCGAUUGGCUCAGGACUGGAGGGGAGGGGGCGUGGCUGCGGUCGUGUGGGACGCGGCGGUGGUGAUGUGCAUGUACCUGGAGCUCGGACGUGUGGACCUGAAGAACAGAACCACCAUCGAGCUGGGAGCUGGGACCGGCCUGGUGGGCAUCGUGGCUGCACUGCUGGGAGCUGACGUAACCAUCACGGACCGAAGCCCAGCCCUGGAGUUCUUGGAAGCCAACGUAAAGGAGAACGUGCCUUCGCACCUGCAGGGGGCAGUGCGAGUCUCAGAGCUCACCUGGGGAGAUCGGUUGGAGCGCUAUCCCUCUGGAGGCUACGAGCUCAUCCUCGGAGCGGACAUCGUUUACCUGGAGGAGACCUUCUCGGCUCUGCUGCGCACCCUUGAACACUUGAGCUCGGAGAGCACAGAGGUCCUGCUGGCCUGCCGGAUCCGGUACGAGCGAGACGAGCGCUUCCUGAGCAUGCUGGGAGAUCGGUUUUCCGUGCAGGAGGUUCUCUACGAUUCGCAGAGGGACGUCCGUAUCUAUCGAGCGGUGAAACUGAAGGAGAAGGUCGAGCUCUGAGGAACGGAACAGUCACGACUUUUUAUACACAGUAUUGUGUUCAAAAUGUACGUUUAAAAAAAAAAUGUAAUAAAUGUUGUGAAAAUCAA